UGAAAAGAUUUAAAAACCCUCUUGAAGUCUUGAGAACUUGUAAUUGGUAUCUUCUCCUCCCUUUUGUUUGCUAGUUUACUCAUUGCUCCAAAAAAAGCGGGAAAAGAGAAGGAAGGUGUCAAGGUGAGAGCAAGGAGAGAGAAAGAGUUGCAUAGAGACAAGAGAAUGGCGCCAUUGAUACAGAGCUCUCAACCUUGGGUGGAAAAAUAUCGGCCUAAGCAAGUGAAGGACGUUGCACACCAAGAUGAAGUCAUUCGAGUUCUUACCAACACCCUCGAAACCACCAAUUGUCCUCAUAUGCUAUUCUAUGGUCCACCUGGAACCGGAAAAACCACCACCGCUCUUGCCAUUGCUCAUCAGCUUUUUGGGCCCGAACUUUACAAGUCCAGGGUGCUUGAGUUGAAUGCUAGUGAUGAUCGUGGCAUCAAUGUUGUUCGUACCAAAAUAAAAAAUUUUGCUGCUGUUGCUGUAGGUUCUGCACAACGAGCGGGGGGUUAUCCUUGUCCACCUUAUAAAAUUAUCAUUCUAGACGAGGCAGAUUCCAUGACAGAAGAUGCUCAGAAUGCAUUGCGUCGAACAAUGGAAACUUACUCCAAAGUUACUAGAUUCUUUUUCAUCUGUAACUAUAUUAGCAGGAUCAUAGAGCCUCUGGCUUCAAGGUGUGCCAAGUUUAGAUUUAAACCACUUCCGGAAGGCAUAAUGAAAAGUCGAAUUUUGCAUAUAUGUGGAGAAGAAGGCAUCAAUCUGGAUUCUCAGGCACUUACUACUUUGAGUUCCAUAUCACAAGGUGAUCUUCGUCGGGCCAUUACAUACUUGCAGGGAGCUGCUCGCCUAUAUGGAUCAUCCAUAUCCUCCAAGGACUUGAUUAGUGUGUCCGGGGUCAUACCGGAGGAAGUUGUACAGGAUUUGUUGGCUGCUUGCAAGAGUGGUAACUUUGAUUUGGCUGACAAAGCAGUGAAUAAUGUCAUCUCAGAAGGCUAUCCAGUUUCCCAGAUGAUCUCUCAGUUAUUUGAUAUCAUCGUGGAAGCUGAUGAUUUGUCAGAUGAGCACAAGGCAAGGAUUUUCAAAAAGUUGGGUGAAACAGACAAGUGUCUUGUUGAUGGAGCAGACGAGUAUUUGCAGUUGCUAGAUGUUGCUGGUAACAUCAUGCGCGCCUUCUGUAACAUGGCUCAAGAUUUCUCCAAUUAGACCUGUUAGCAUCAUAGUAUACAGUGAACUUUCUGAUGUAUGAAAUGAAAGUCAGAUGGAAUUUGAGACAUCAUGAUAGAAAGAUUCUCGCCUCGUAUCCCCUGUUAAGUUUUUUUUGGCAACAAUCUAAAUUUGACUACAAAGGACUUAUGAAAAAUUGAUAUCUAAUCUAAAUAAUUAUUCUUCUUA